AAUCACCAAAACAAUGGCUUCUUUCAUUGUUAAGCUUUUCUUUAUAAUAUCUCUUUUCAAUGUGCGUUUUGCUUCUUCAAGAAUGCUUACCUCUUUGGUCCAAAACCAGCUCUUAAAAUACCACAAAGGCCAACUUCUCAGUGGCAAAAUUUCUGUCAAUCUCAUAUGGUAUGGCAAAUUCAACCCAUUCCAAAGAGCUAUUGUAGCUGAUUUCAUUAUCUCUCUGUCAUCUCCGGCCACCGCCAAAAGCCAACCGACGGUUGCCACAUGGUGGAAGACCACCGAGAAAUAUUACCAUUUGGUGAACUCUGAGAAAUCCUCUACACUCGCACUAUAUUUGGGUAAACAAGUUCUUGUGGAAAACUACUCACUUGGAAAAUCACUCACACAGAAACAAAUUAUUCAGUUAGCAUCAAAGGGCGAACAGAAGAAUGCAAUUAACGUUGUACUUACAUCCUCGGAUGUUACUGUUGACGGGUUCUGCUUGAACCGGUGUGGAUCUCACGGUUCCAAAAGUACCCUUGUGAAAGGGAAGAAUGACAAUACCCUUGUGAAAGGGAAGAAUGACAAGUUUGCCUACAUCUGGGUUGGCAACUCGAAAACUCAAUGUCCUGGAUACUGUGCAUGGCCAUUCCAUCAGCCCAUUUACGGCCCACAGAGCCCACCAUUGGUUGCGCCCAACAAUGAUGUGGGCCUGGAUGGGAUGAUUAUUAACUUGGCAAGCCUUUUAGCUGGGACUGCUACCAACCCAUUUGGAAAUGGGUACUAUCAAGGCCCAUCUGCUGCUCCAUUGGAGGCUGCCUCGGCCUGCCCUGGAGUCUAUGCUAAAGGGGCUUACCCAGGUUAUGCUGGGGACUUGUUGGUGGACCCUCCUACUGGAGCUAGCUUUAAUGCGCAUGGUGCUAAUGGAAGGAAAUACUUGCUUCGUGCACUAUAUGAUCCAUCUACUUCUAAAUGUUAUACUUUGGUAUAAUAUUUAGUUGGAUAUGUACACGCUGAAUCUAUACUGUAAUUCAUUGAUUCAUUCAUUUUUUGCCUCAUAAAGCAAUUUCAUAUUA